AUGUUUUGGAAUAAGUGGAUAGCGCGUGAGAGCGAUCGUACAGUGAUUCCAGAUUGUAAUAUUUCGGUGAACUGGUCGCCGAUAUGGUAUAGAUUGGCAAAAACAAUCGGCAUAACAUUCGCCCUAGUGAAGAGAAGAGUGGAGCUUAGCAAGUGGGGUUAUGCUGAGAUACUUCUCAAUCGGCCCGGCUAG